ACAUCAACCGUUUGCUGAUCAACAAAUCAUUCCAUUCUUCACUCACAUUUCUGUUGAAAGUUUUCCAUUUCCAACAUGAUUUAUGAGCUUUGUGUUCUGGUGUGUGUAGGGAUCCUCUCUACGUCCGCUCUACCUGUUGACGACGCCUGGAAACACGUGGUCAGACAACGUCGUAACGUCGCCAACUGUCAACCACCUCAAGAUAUCAACCAACUCUUCCAAAGUCUUAACGCCAACACCGACGUCUCCAUCUUUCUUCGUAACGCUCAAGGUGCCAGACCAGGGUCCUAUUUACAUGGAGAGCUGAACACCCUCCAGGUAUUCGACAGUUCCAACCUCGACGGCAUCACCUGUCCCAGCAGCGUCAGUGACGACCCUAACGACCCCCUGUGGAGGAGAUCCCUCUGUCCUUGGUACUACAACGUCACCAACCUCCCCGUCGGUCACUACCCAAGUGCCAUCCCCCAGGCCGUGUGUAAGUGUGACAAGUGCGUUGACAACAACCAAAACCAGUGCGAGAGAGUUUCCACUCAAAUCCGAGUUUUAGAACAAACUGACUGUGAAAAUGGUUUCUUUAUCUACAAACCCAAACUCAUUACACACUUCGUCGGCUGUACCUGUGCCAAACGCCGGACAACAACAGUGGGUUCCAACACCGCCCCGACAGCAUCAGACAGUGGAAGCGAUUGUGGGGAUUAUGGAUGUGCCGAAUAGACGGGAGACUUGUAGGCGAUGUCACAGAUUGAUGAUAUCUUCUUACAGUGAAACAUUUCCAGUGAGGAAAUACCCAGUUAGUCAGUGUCUGACAACCAUCCCGUUAAACUACAUAUUUAUUGUUUAAACGCUGCAUUUCCGUCCAUGUGUGAAAUACAUUAUUUUCUUCACACAUCGCCACCACUUUCAUUCAAUUCAUGUCCAUGUAUUUAUUCAAGAAUUGUUGCUUUUACUUAAUUUAUUAUGGGUGUGUGAACUGCAUUUAUUGCUCCUGUCUGUCGGGAUAUUUAUUGUUUCCAAUGUAUCCAAUGUUGGACUCAUCAAUGUUUAGUGACUUAACAUUUCUCAUUUUGCUCAAGGACACCAUGUCCAAAAUCGUCCCUUUCACAUGACUUAUUUAAAUAUUUAUUGUUAUUGUUAUUGUUAUUGUGAAUAAAUGAA